ACGUCAACAUGCCUUUUCUGCUGUGCUUGAAAAAAAAAAAGUCACCUAUGCCUUUGGGCAGGAGUAUCUUUCAGAAACACACCCCUCCCAUCCAGCAGAACUACCAGGCUUUGCUGGAGUCGUGCUUGAGGAGCAAACACUUGUUCACAGAUGACACCUUCCCUGCUCACAUCAGCUCCAUUGGAACAGGAGCACUGCUAAAGAAACUGCCCCGAAAUUUACAGUGGAAGAGGCCACAUGCUUUGCACAAAAGUCCUGUAUUUUAUGCUGCAAGCAGAAAGCAGCUUGAUCUCUGCCAAGGAUUGGUGGAGAACUGCUGGUUCCUGGCGGCCCUGGAAGCCCUGACAUUCCACCAGGACAUCUUGGCUGCAGUUGUACCACAAAACCAGAGCUUUGAGAGGAAAUAUGCGGGCAUUUUCCACUUCCGGUUCUGGCACUUUGGGGAAUGGAUUGACGUGGUGGUUGAUGAUCGCCUGCCGGUGAAUGAGGUGGGGGAGCUGCUCUUUGUUUCCUCGGUCUAUAAGAACGUGUUUUGGGGAGCCCUUCUGGAGAAGGCAUAUGCUAAACUCUAUGGCUCCUAUGAAGAUCUGCAGAUUGGGCAAGUUUCAGAAGCCUUGGUGGAUUUUACAGGGGGUGUCAAUACAAGGAUCAAGCUUGCAGAAGCUCCUCCUGAUCUGUGGAAUAUCUUGACAAGAGCCACCUACAGCAGAUCUCUCAUGGGCUGUCAGACACACGUAGGGACAACAAAGGUCCUGAAGAAUGGGCUUGUUGCUGGCCAUGCCUACACAGUAACUGGUAUUAGAAAGGUCACCUGUCAAUAUGGACCAGAAAACCUAGUGAGACUGAGAAAUCCGUGGGGAAAAAUUGAGUGGAAAGGAGACUGGAGUGACAGCUCUUACAAGUGGGAACUGCUGAGCCCGAAGGAGAAGAUUUUGCUGAGGAAAAAGAAGGAGGAUGGAGAAUUCUGGAUGUCUCUGCGAGAUUUUAAGAUUCAUUUUGUAGAUCUGGUGAUCUGUAAAUUAACUCCAGACCUGAUGAGCCAGGAAGAUGGGAAAAAGUGGAUGUACUCCUGGAAGAGUGGGAGAUGGGUUAAAGGAAGUACAGCAGGAGGAAGUCUGGGAUUCUGUAAUGGUAACUUUUGGAUGAACCCUCAGUACUGGCUGAAUGUAUUGCCAGUUGAAGACAGUAAGAAAAGCCCAAGUCCAUGCAAUGUGGUUAUAUCCCUCAUGCAGAAACACAGCACUAAACACCGGAACCGAGCCCCUCAUCUUUUCAUUGGAUUUUUACUCUAUAAGGUAAGUGGAUAUCACUAGGACAACAGAAAGCUGCCCCCAGGUUUCUUCAGCCGACAUCAGCCUGUGAACAAGCACCAGGUUUUCCUUGAUGAGCGGGAAGUGACUUGUGACUUCCAUCUGGAGCCUUGUGUCUAUGUGAUUGUCCCAUGCACCCUGGAGCCUCAGCAAGAGUCCGAGUUUGUCCUGCGGGUCUUCUCCAGGAAGCACGUUCUUCGGGAGAUGGGUGGGAACACGAGCUUUACCCUCUCUAAGGAAAUUGUUGAUAGGUAUGAAGGCAAGAUUUGGGAGGAUUUCUUCACAAAGCAUUUUGAACAGAAUCCUGAAAUAAAUGCUGUUCAGCUCCAGAGGAUCUUGAAUAAUAUAUCUUGGAGAAGUUUCCAGAGUUUUCACCUGAAUUUCAGUCUGGAUUCCUGCCAGGGUAUCUUGGCGCUCCUGGAUCUGAAUGCCACUGGCACACUGAGUAUCCAGGAAUUCAGACUCCUGUGGAAAAGGCUGCUUUUCUAUUUGGAAGUUUUCCAGAAGAGAGACACCAACAGAUCAGGAAAGCUUGACCUUGUGGAACUGCAGGCAGCUGUACAGGAGACAGGCAUUUCACUCAGCAGUGAAGUCUGUAAUUUGAUGGCAAUCAGAUAUGGUGACCCUGGCUUACAGAUCAGUUUUGAGAGCUUUGUUUGCUUCAUGCUUCGAGUGGAGAUCAUGGGAGAGGCCUUUCGUAACUUAACACAAGAUGGCAAAGGGAUAUAUCUCCGGGAAUCUGAGGUAAAGCCCCUUCCCUGACUGUCAGAUGCAGGCCCCUUUGUUGCAUGUGGCACUGCAUGUUUUAUUCUGUA